CGGAAGUCGUUUCUGUUUGAGCUUCCAUUUUUUUUUUCUCGCUGUGAACACAGACUUGCAUAAGCGUAUAUACGUGUUUAUUUUUAUGGCUGUGAACGUUUAACAGGUCGGUACUUUAAACUGAUCUUGAGUGUCGGAACCGAACAUGCCGAAGGUCGUGUCCAGAAGUGUGGUGUGUUCCGACACCAGAGACCGAGAGGAGUACGACGACGGAGAAAAGCCCCUUCAUGUUUACUACUGCCUGUGUGGUCAGAUGGUUCUGGUUCUGGACUGCCAGCUAGAAAAGUUGCCCAUGAGGCCUCGGGACCGGGCCCGGGUCAUAGACGGGGCCAAACACGCGCACAAGUUCUGCAACGUGGAGGUGGACGAGAACGCGUUCAUAAAGCGAGCCGAGGGCAUCGAGAGGCAGUACCGCAAAAAGUGCGGCAAGUGCGGGCUGCUGCUCUUCUACCAGCACCAGGAGAAGAACAACCCGGCCACCUUCAUCGUGGACGGAGCCGUCGUCAAGUUCGGGCAGGGCUUCGGGAACACCAGCGUCUACAACCAGAAGCAGCCGGAGGCUCCUAAGAAGGUUCGGGUGAUGAUGACCAAGAGGACCAAAGACAUGGGCAAGUUCAGCUCCGUCACCGUGUCCACCAUCGACGAGGAAGAGGAGGAGAUCGAGGCCCGAGAGGUGGCCGACUCCUACGCCCAGAACGCGAAGGUGAUCGAGAAGCAGCUGGAGAGGAAGGGCAUGAGCAAGAGGAGGCUGCAGGAGCUGGCGGAGCUGGAGGCCAAGAAGGCCAAGAUGAAGGGGACACUUAUUGACAACCAGUUCAAGUAAAGCAGCGUGAGACAGACUGGGACAUCCUGCAGCUCCUCUACAUCACUUUGUUAGGAGAGGACGCUGUGGACAGAGCUGAUGAUGUGAGGCCUCUGAGCAGAGACAGAUGCUGAAGUUGCUUUAAAGUUAUUUUCUAUAAAAAUUAAACAGUUUGGUAAUUUUAUUAAAAUAUCUUCUUGUUGUUUUCAAGCUGUGAAAGCAAAAGCACCAAUCUGUUUGAAAAAGUGACGGUAAUGACUUUAAAUGUGUGAUGAAGUAAAGAUUGAUUUUCUCAACAAAAGGAGAACCCAUGUUGAUUUGAAUUUUUAAAUUGUUUCAUUAAUCUUAUUUGUGUCAAAUAUAAGUACUAUCAUCUUUUAAUUCUGUAAAGCUUUUUUUUUUUUUUCUCCCCAAAAUGUUGCCUCAGGUUUCAAGGACACGUAUUGACUUUUUUCCCUGUAAAAAAUAAAACAAAUUGUUUAAAAGGUUUUUGCCACACCAAAGUGCAUUGAUGUAUAUGAGCAUG